AGUCAAUUUGGAGAUGCUUAUGUUGAUUGGGGGUCCUGGAAAACCAUUUGGCAUUUUCUUCAUAUUUUUUUCGUCUUCUUUUUAUGUGUCCUUCAAAAUGUCAUUAUCCAUGCAUAUGCCUCAUCUAGAUCUUCCCUGCCAAAGUGGAUAAUGUAUUCCAAGAUUCAAGUCUCACAGUUAGACAAUUUUGUCUUACUUUUCUGUGAAUAUUUUGCCAGACGAGGUCAGCUGUCCAUCUUGCAGCUUCACCAAAGUAUGGAAAACCUGUUGCCUUCUGUUCUUCUUGGGAUUCCCUAAUGCAUCCGUUCCCAGGAUGAAGGCGCUGUGGCGUCAACUAUGUGAGUAUUAAGAACUGAGAGAGCCUCCGGGCUCACGUAGCCUAGGCUAAAGGCUUAUCAGAGGCUAAGCCAGAGGGGGGAAAAACAGUAAAGCUAUCCUCAGUCGACCAGAGGUACGGGCACAAGGCCAUCUGUCCAUUCUCUGAAUACAACUGACAACAAAGGAGGGCAACUCCGCACUCAGGGAAUCAUACACACUCUGAAGCCUCAAACGUUAACUCAUCCCGGAUUGACAAAGCAAGAAGAGUUGGUGAAGAAAGUCUCUCAAGCUCCAUCACUUCUCAGUCUAUUCAGCGGUUCCCGUCUCUUUAGCAAGUUGCUCUGCUGCUGGAGUGUCAUGGAAAAAGGGACCACAUUUCAUUUAACAGCUUAUCAGAGCCAUUCGAGAGGUUAGAGGCAGGACCCCGCUCACCCGCCCAGAGGGAAAUAACGCCAAAAUUAAUGUCACAGCACAGCAACAGAGACAGUCUGUUUGAAGCAUCUAGACCCAAGAGAAGAAUGAAUAUGAAUGAGAAGGAGGGAGGAGUAUGUGAGGGGGGGCUAAAUGUCACCCUCACCAUCCGCCUACUAAUGCAUGGCAAGGAAGUUGGAAGUAUCAUUGGGAAGAAAGGAGAGACUGUCAAAAAAAUGAGAGAGGAAAGUGGAGCCCGGAUUAAUAUAUCUGAUGGUUCCAGUCCAGAGCGCAUUGUCACUAUUACCGGACAGUCUGAGGUCAUCUUCAAAGCCUUCGCCAUGAUCGCAGAGAAAUUUGAGGAGGAUAUCCUGGCAUCUAUGAUAAACAGCACCGUGACAAGCAGGCCUCCUGUGACACUGCGCCUCGUCUUCCCUGCCAGUCAGUGCGGUUCACUCAUUGGCAAAGGAGGCUCGAAGAUCAAAGAGAUCAGAGAGAGCGCAGGUGCCCAGGUCCAGGUGGCAGGAGACCUACUGCCUGACUCGACUGAGAGAGCCGUGACCAUCUCAGGCACACCUCACGCCAUCACACAAUGCGUGAAACACAUCUGCACUGUCAUGCUGGAGUCGCCACCUAAAGGAGCCACCAUUCCGUACCGACCCAAACCUACCGCGGGUGCCAGCCACACAGUGUUGGCGCAACCCCAUGCUGCGUCGGCAUUUGCUAUUCCAGGACAGUUUGCCAUUCCACCCCAAGACUUGACCAAGCUUCACCAGUUGGCUAUGCAGCAUAUCCCCCUUACCUCCCUUGGGCAAAGCAACCCCACCUUCCCUGGUCUGGAGGCCUCUAUUGCAACCAGUUCUCAUGAGCUGAGCAUACCUAAUGAUCUCAUAGGCUGCAUCAUUGGCAGACAGGGCAGUAAGAUCAAUGAGAUUCGCCAGAUGUCUGGUGCCCAGAUCAAAAUUGCCGGGGCCACAGACGGUUCGGCAGUGCGCCACGUCACCAUCACAGGCUCCCCAGCCAACAUCAGCAUGGCUCAGUACCUCAUCAGUGCGAGUUUAGAGAUGGCUAAACUGAGCAUCCAGGCUGCGUCGUCCUACUCUUCCAGCACACCUAUCGACCUCAGCCUGGGCUUCUCCCAGUCCACCCCCUCCGUCUCAGCCUCCACCACCUCUUCCAUGGCCGUCCUGGCUGCUCCCCCCUCUACUAUUAAUGUCCACUCCCCCUCAUCCGUCCCCUCCAUCCCCAGCACCCACUACGCAUUUCCUGUUUCCAGUCUGCUUGGUAUGAAAACCAUCCCCCUGUUGGCAAUGCACACAGCCACCUCCGCAGGCCUCCCUGCCGGCCUCACCCCCUACACCGCAAAGAUCCCCACCUCGUCCAGCAUCAAAAAAUCUGAGCGGCAGAAGUUUGCCCCGUACUGAGCGGCCGUGGUCUUAACACAUCAGUAAUGUUGUAUAUGUUUAUUAUUCAUUCAUGAAUAUUAAGUACAGUAGAUUGAAUGUGUUUCUCCCCAUCCCAUAUUUUUUAUGUUUCUGUGCAAUAUUUUACAAACAAGGAAUAGUGAGAGCAUGACAAGAUUAAUCACUCCUUAUAUUGUCUUCCAUUUUGUGUGGCGUUUCAUUUGGAAGUGUUUGAGAUAUCCAUCUCGCACCAUAUAAUUUAUCUGACACGGCACCUGUUUUUUUCUUUUUUUUAAAGAAAAGCCAAAGCCAGCAAGAACUUGAUUUAUUGGUACUAUGCAGUUCACAGUGUUUUGUGUGUGUGUGUGUGUGUGUGUGUGUGUGUAUAUAUAUAUAUAUAUAUAUAUAUAUA